AAUAAAUAAGCCUAAUCAUCAGUCUGCUUCCCCAUAGCUAACAACUCUUGGAGAAGUACACUGGAUCCGUAGGCUGGCUGCCAAGGACUCUCUGUACAGGUCCUGACUAGAGGAAGAUGAGGCUUCUCUUGGCAUUGGCUGUGCUGUUUUCCUGCAGUGAAUUCAUGGUGCAUGGGAGUCUCUUGGAGUUUCGCAAGAUGAUCAAACAAGCAACUGGGAAAAGUGCUCUACCGAAUUAUACCUCCUAUGGAUGCCACUGCGGUGUGGGAGGCAAAGGAAUGCCUAAGGAUGCAACUGAUUGGUGUUGCCUGCAUCACGACUGCUGUUACUCACAGUUGAUGGCUCAAAAAUGUCAUGUCAAAACUGAGAGAUACCAUUACACUUACAGGACAGGAGUCAUAACGUGCGGUCCAGACAGCUGGUGUAAAAGGAGCAUCUGCGAGUGUGACAAGACCGCUGCGUUGUGCAUGAAGCGCAACUUACAGAGCUACAACAAGAAGUAUCGCUUCUACUCCAACAUAAAGUGCAUAGGGAGAAAGCCAAAGUGUUAAGCAAAGGCUCGUUGCAAUGCUUAUUAAGCCAUCCCCUAUUCUCAUGCAUUCAGCAUUUCCACACUGUUAAGCAAGCAGGUGCUUGACCUGGGAUUGGGAAUUGCUUCCUAUCCAGUGGUUCUUGGCUGCUCUCUCCCUAGGCUACUGUCAGGCAGAAUCCAAGGAACUGCUCUUAAAUAAGAGACCUGAUCUGCCUUAACUGCAUCACGAUAUACAGGAUCGGAAGAGAAAUUAUUUCGAGGGAGAAAGCAACACGUGUCACGUUUUUGAUAAAAAAUACUAGGGAGGACUGGCACGUGUCCUCUGCCAUGGUUAAGUUAUGAUGGGAGCCAGGGGGAUUCUCUCCAUUCUCUUCAAUAGUCUUUGGAUUGGGCCUACAUGCAUAAACGAACAUAGAGAAAUGUCAAUGUCCUUUGCUCUUGCUUCAGUGCAGAUUCACUUUCUGCUGCUUCUGAAUAAAACGGAAGAGUAUAACCA